AAACGUCAAACUUGUUUCAAAAACUUUCCUCGUCCGUCUGAUUUUGUUAUUCUCAGGUCGAAUUUUGGUUGUGGCGACUCGUUUGCUGACGUGAAUCAUAUUUUUUUGUCGAAUCCUGCUAAAUUUACUAUUAAAAUGGUCCACUACGUGAAAAUGGAAGAUGGCAAGAUUAUGCCGAUCCAGGAAAUGUUGAAAAGUAUUGAAAGGUACAAUCCGGAACAUUUGAAAGUGAUUGAAUCGUAUGUCGAAGAACAGGCUCGUGACAACCAAUAUGACUUGGAGGCAAACCUUGCCUGCCUCAAACUAUAUCAGUUCAAUCCCCAAUUGAUGAACUUGGAUAUUACGUAUACAAUACUGCUAAAGUCGCUCACGAAUUUCCCUCAUACGGAUUUCGUCCUGUGUAAAUGUUUACUUCUUCCGGCUCAAAUGAAUGAUGAUACCGUCAAGGAGAUUAUUUAUCUAGCAGAUAUCCUGGAGAAGUGUGAUUUCACUUUGUUUUGGUCCAGGGUUGCUCAGAAUCCUCAAUUCGUCAAAAACAUUACCGGAUUUUAUGACAGUAUUCGGAAAUUCGUUUGUCAUGUUGUUGGAAUUACGUUUCAAUCGAUCGAAAAAGAAUAUUUAGUCCGAUUGUUGGGAGAUGUGGACGAUAAUGUUCUUCGAGUUUGGGUCAAGAAAUAUGGAUGGAAAGAAGACGGACAAUAUGUGACCGUCGCUAUGCAAGAGGGCAACAUCAAAACCAAACACAUUACAGAGAAAAUUGAUUUUGAAAACCUCGCUCCACUGAUGGCUAAUUGUUUGUAAGAAUGUUUCAGAAAGUAAUUCCAAUUUGACAAAUGAGACAUAUUGCAUUCAAAAAAAAAUACGUACAAUAA